AUGCAGGAUAACCAAGGCUUUCGUGUCGCGUAUUAUCGCUUACAUCCGGGACGCAACAGGUUUUGUUGUCGUGGUCGGGGUGUCUUUUCCCGGGAUAUGUGUAUAUUCACUGUUAGCUUACUCCUCAUCAUUGGUGUUACAGUAUUGUUCUUUGCUUUCGAAUGCCGUCUUUUAACUCCGCUUCUCACUCCUGCUAUCCCAAUCUUAGCAGCUAUUCAGUUCGUAUACGUUGUCGCCGUAUUUCUUCGUUCAGCAUUCACAGACCCAGGGAUUAUACCACGAGCCACACGUUCUGAGAUGGAGUGGACUGAAUUGUCGGUUGCUUCGGGAGAUAUAACGAUAAAUGAUGCAAAUAACCAAAACGAUCAUGAUCAGAAUACAGUUCGAACUUAUCCACCCGGUGCAAGAACACGUCAGAUACUUAUUGGAGAUCAUCUAGUCAAAAUUAAUUAUUGUCAUAGUUGUCGAUUUUUUCGUCCUCCUAGGGCGUCACAUUGUUCUUCAUGUGAUAACUGUGUGGAACGUUUCGAUCAUCAUUGUCCAUGGAUUGGAAAUUGUGUUGGCCAAAGAAACUAUCGUUAUUUUAUAUUAUUCAUCUAUUCUCUGAGUAUUUAUUGUCUUUAUAUUUUAGUAUUUGCUGUAGUCAAUCUAGUUUUGUUAUACAAAAAGUAUGAAGAUUUUAUAGUGGCUAUCAAGAUUUCACCUGCUUCAUAUCCUUUUCAGCGUGUAGUUUACUGUUUUUUUCUUUUCGUGUUUACCUUGUAUCGUUUCUUGUCUAUUUGCUCGUUUGCGUUUCUACCCUAGCCUUUCAUCAGUUUUUGAGGUUAAUAGAGAAAUACCUGAUUGUAUAUCAACAUUUGGUCGAGGUUCUUAAGGUCAGUUGAUGUAAUCUCAUCCAGUGUUUCCACAGAAGCAUAUGCGUGUAUUUGGGAAUCCAGUCCCAAAAAGAGUGUUCUUGCUAUUUAAAACUUCCCAAUUGUAUGAUAGGUCAAGUUAGCUGUCGAGUAAUACCUGGGCUUCAGUUUCUCAUAAUCACUGAUGUAGAAUAAUCGAACUGGUUGUAGUUGUCCUUCAACUUUAUUAUCCUUACCAAGCCAAGAAAAUCUACGGGACUAUCGAAUUUCACUCCAUGACUAGUUAGACAAACAUAUAUCUGAGAAAAUGUAGGGCAUUUCAUGCUAGAACUGUACCGCUUCAAACUCCCACACUUUGAAGUUCUACAGUGUGAUAAGAGAACUCAUCAAUCAAAACAAAACGUGACAAACAAGGAAUUUUAUACAACACAGAACAAGAUGAAAAGUUCGCCUGUAAUAAUUAUUAGUUAUACCGAUUCAAGUCAAAAACAGGAUAGUCCGUUAACUGCAUAAAUUACAGCUAGAAUAAAGCGAAUCCGUGAUAGCUAGUGAAAUAAAGUGACUCCAGAGUUGAAUACGUGAAGAAACUCAACAAAGUAAUAGAUAGGCGACUUGAUAACACUUAUUUGUUGUCACGAUCUGGUUGGAAAUGAUCGUUAUUAUCAUUAUUUGUCUCUUGGGUUCCUAGUGGAACAUAGGGCUUCAGUAGCACGUCGCCACUUCACUCUCUUCUCUGCAGUCUUCUUAACCUGGCUCGAAGACUGCUCAUAGGCUUUCAUUUCUUCCUCCCUCACACAAUCUCCUCCAUGUCACCCUCACCU